CGGGGAGAAAGUAACAUGGUGGCCGCUUCCUCUCCAAACAGGAGCGGAGACGGGUCCGGCGGAUCCUGAAGAGGCGGCGGGCGCGGGGAGAAGCUCUGGGCCAGGAGCACCGUAAAGGUCGGGGCAGACGAGGAGAACCCGGUGGAGCCGGCGGCAGGAAGUGCUGACAUAACCAUGAUAGAAGACAAAGGUCCACGAGUGGCUGACUAUUUUGUAGUGGCAGGGCUCACUGAUACAGAUACUGCAACCCUCCUUGACCAAGAAAUAAGCCGACAUGAGUCAGCUGGUCCAAAGGCUCCAAUUAUUGACAUUGCUGUGGUAAUUAAAUCAGCUGGUGAAACUGUCCCAGAGGGAUACACCUGUGUUGAAGCUACUCCUACAGCCCUUCAAGCCAACUUAAACUAUGGAAGUCUAAAGAGUCCUGAACUUUUCCUUUGCUACAAGAGAGGUUGGGACAAACCACCUCUUACUGACAUCGGAGUUCUGUAUGAAGGGAAGGAACGCAUCAUUUCAGGCUGUGAGGUGAUUCAAGCUACUCCUUAUGGUCGUUGUGCUAAUGUUAACAACAGUUCAGCUUCUUCUCAGCGAAUCUUUAUCACGUAUCGAAGGGCUCCUCCAGUACGACCUCAAAAUUCACUGGCAGUGACAGAUAUCUGUGUUAUUGUCACCAGCAAAGGAGAAACUCCUCCUCAUACAUUCUGCAAAGUUGAUAAGAAUUUAAAUUGUGGUAUGUGGGGUUCCAGUGUAUACCUUUGUUACAAGAAAUCUGUGCCAGCUUCUAACUCUUUAGCAUAUAAAGCUGGCUUAAUCUUCAGAUAUCCUCAAGAGAACUAUGAGUCAUUUCCACUGUCAGAAUCUGUACCUCUCUUCUGCCUUCCUAUGGGAGCUACUAUUGAGUGCUGGGACCCUCAAACCAAAUACCCACUACCAGUGUUCUCAACAUUCGUACUGACCUGCUCUUCUGCAGAAAAGGUUUAUGGUGCUGCUAUUCAGUUUUAUGAGCCUUAUCCCCGUGAGCUGCUAACAGAAAAACAACAGCUGCAGCUGGGUCUCCUGACAACUGUAGAGAGGAAAGUGGUUACUUCCAAGUCCAUCAAUUCCAACAAAUGCAUCUGCCUUCUCUCACAUUGGCCUUUCUUUGAAGCAUUUCGAAAAUUUCUUAUGUUCAUCUACAAACUCUCAGUCUCAGGACCUCAUCCUCUUCCCAUUGAAAAGCACAUAUCCCAUUUCAUGCACAAUAUACCUUUCCCUUCACCACAAAGGCCAAGAAUUCUUGUACAGCUUUCUGCCCAUGAUGCAUUAAUAUUGUCUCAGCCAGUUUCUACACCACUGCCAUUAAGCGGAGCAAACUUUAGCAAUCUGCUCAUGAAUCUUGGACCGGAAAACUGUGCCACUCUGUUACUUUUUGUAUUACUAGAAGGCAAGAUCCUCCUCCAUUCUCUUAGACCAGCUUUGUUGACAGGAGUUGCUGAAGCUGUAGUAGCUAUGAUAUUUCCAUUUCAGUGGCAAUGUCCCUAUAUCCCCCUCUGUCCUUUGUCUCUGGCCACUGUACUCAGUGCACCUCUUCCAUUUAUUGUUGGAGUUGAUUCACGAUAUUUUGAUCUGUAUGAUCCACCACAGGAUAUUGUGUGCAUUGACUUAGACACAAACAUGGUAUACAUAUCAGAUGAUAAGAAGAGCACCAACUGGAAGCAAUUUCCAAAGAAGCCAUGUAAAAGUCUGCUCAGCACCUUAAAGAAGCUACACCCACAGCUGGCAGCAGUUCACCGUAAAACACAAGAAGGCUCUGCAGUGGAGAUGACUCCUAUUGAGGCAGAUUUCUCCUGGCAGAAGAAGAUGAUAGAGCUCGAGAUGGAGAUCCAGGAGGCUUUUCUCCGUUUCAUGGCGUCUAUUUUAAGGGGUUACAGAACGUUCCUUAAGCCAAUCACUCAGGCGCCUUCAAAUAAAGCAACUGCUGCUGAUUCCUUGUUUGAUCAUCAAGGAUUUUUAAAAAGCAGAGACCGUGCUUACACAAAGUUCUACACACAUCUCACCAAAACACAGAUAUUCAGCCGCUUUAUUGAAGAGUGCAGUUUUGUGAGUGACAAGGAUACUGGCUUGGCAUUUUUUGAUGACUGCAUAGAAAAGCUCUUUCCUGAUAAAGGAACAGAAAAAGGAGAAAAGGUUGAUGUUGAUUCUGUCGAAGAUGCACGGCUGAUAGAGCUCGAUGAGUCACAAAAAAGUGAACACACAGUGUUCAUAAUGCCACCAGAACCUCCCACUGAUGACGGGCAGGACCGAAUGCCAAGAUAUAGCUAUAAAAACUUCCCACGACUAGAUAUCAAGCUCUUUGACAGGCCACAGGAGCUCAAGCUCUCCUUCAGCAGACACCCAACUGGAAGCAACAUUUCAAAUAGUCCAGCACUCAUGGCAAAGAGGACAAAGCAGGAGAUAAAAACAGCCCAUAAAUUAGCCAAGAGGUAUUAUGUAAGCCCCCAACAGUGGGCUAAGUGUCUCUUCAGUCAUAGUUACAGCCUGUGGUUUAUUUGUCUGCCAGCCUACAUCAGAGUUGCACAUCCCAAGGUCAAAGCACUGCAGCAGGCUUAUGAUAUACUAAUUAAGAUGAGGAAAACUGAUGUGGAACCACUAGAUGAGGUCUGCUACAGAGUUGUAAUGCAGCUCUGUGGACUAUGGGGUCAGCCUGUUCAGGCAGUGAGAGUCCUAUUUGAAAUGAAAAAUGCUGGAAUACAGCCAAAUGCCAUCACCUAUGGUUACUACAAUAAGGCAGUUUUAGAGUCUCCUUGGCCUAGUAGUAACCGCAGUGGCAUAUUCCUGUGGACAAAGGUACGAAAUGUAGUUCGUGGCACAGCACAAUUUAGGCAGUGCUUAAAGAAAUCAACGCAGAGCCCACGAGUACCUGUGAUAUCAGCUCUGCGGAGUACCACGGGUGGAAGUGAUGGGGACAUGGUGAGCCAUGGUAGCGUGGAUAGUUCUAACAGUGGGGAGCACACUCUCUUCGUCAGUGACUUAGUCAGGCUUGAUUCCAUUGAUAAUCACUCUAGCACAGGUGGUCAGUCAGACCCAGGCUAUGGAUCUAAGGACGAACUUUUAAAAGAUGACGGAGAUAGACUUCAAGCAACCGAAACACAAGUAGAGAAGGAUAUUUCUUCUAAAGCUGAAGACCUAGUAGGAGAAGUUUGUACUGAGAAAUCGGAUGAAAAGCAACAGCUGAAUAUAGAAACUCAUAGUCCAACAGACCCACCUCCUUGGGGUAACAGUAUUGUGAAAGUUCCAUCUGGCAUUUUUGAUAGCAGUGGAAGGAAAAGCAGUAGUGAAACUGGUUCUAGCCCACUGUUCAUAACUCAGGAUUCAGUUGAAGAUGUUGUGUUUGGUGAAAUCUCUCCUAAGAAAACAAGUGAAAAAGGACAGAAGAGGCAGAAAGUGUUUUCAGAGAGAAGCUGCAGUUUCAGCAGUGAAAGCAAAGCAGGAAUGCUGCUGAAAAAAGGCAGCUUGGAUUUGCAUUCUAAAGAAAUAGCAAUAAUGAUGGGAGCAGAUGCCAAGAUCCUAACGGCAGCUUUGUCUGGGGCCAAAACUUCCCCCUGUGAUAUGAGUAAAUCUCACAGCUCUGAAAGUAUCAUUGACCAACAGAUUUCUGGCAUAAGUGGUGCUUGGAGUUGCAUGACUGAGUGUGAUUGGGAGUUGGAGCAUAGGUCUUCACCGGUGCUGGAAGAACCUGGGGAAGGGCAGGAGCAUCUUGAGAGUGGAGGAAAUGGAAUCAUGACCACAGUGCAAGACAUGAACCUUCAACAAUCAGCUCAGGCCAAAAACCAGAAACCAGAAUCCAAAGAUGCAACUACUAAAAGGAAUAGUUUUUAUGGAGUGGUUAAGCCUAUUGAAAGGGAAGAUGUUGAGAUAGGCUUGGACCCUUUAUCUCUGUUGGCUACUGACACCAUGGAAACAAGACAUCCCGAACCUGAGGAAAAAAUGGUGUCACCAGUUGUAGCACGUAAUUUGGCAGAUGAAAUAAAAAGUUACAUGAAUCUGAAGAACCCACUGGGUAGUAAGUUUCCCAGCAUGGAACUGCACAAGCCAGAUAAGGAAGUGGAAGCCUCUGAUAUACUUACUCACUCACAAGAAAGACGAUCAAGCCUGCCUUUGGAUCCCGUUCUGCCAUCCCCUGAGUCUUACGAAACUCGGAGAAGUCCUUCUGUCUCCAGAUCCAAAACAUUUACUGGACGACCAAAGCAACAAACCCAUCCACGAGUUCAAAAGGAGCGGUCUUCGUCUUUGACAGGACUGGGUCGUUCGUCUCCACACGGUUCAUUAGGAUCUGUUGUAACAACUUUAUCCAACCUGAAGUUAGACAAUAUACUGUCCGGACCAAAAAUAGAUGUUCUGAAGUCAAGCAUGAAGCAGGCAGCCAACGUGGCCAGUAAGAUGUGGGGAGCUGUAACUUCAGCAUAUAGUUAUUCAGAUGAUGAGGAAGAAAACAAUCAACCAGAUUUUAACUUCCCUGCUGGUUUCGAAGAUAACAUUUUGGGAGAUAGUCUGUCAUCAAGAACUGGAGUCCCAGGGCUAAUUACAAAUGAGCUUGCACAAAGCACUACGAGUCUUGGCAGUAGCAGUAGCAGUGGAGAUGCAGGAAGGCAGCAUUACAGUGCAGGUGAAGUUUCAUUCCCAAGAAGUAUGAAAAUUCUAGAUUCUGAGAAGUCAGAGCACAGCUCUUCACAUAAUACUAGCUUAUCCAGCAUUUUCCAGAACUAUGCAAUGGAGGUAUUGAUGUCAAGCUGCUCUCAAUGUAGAGCUUGUGGUGCAUUGGUUUAUGAUGAAGAAAUUAUGGCUGGCUGGACAGCAGAUGAUUCAAACUUGAACACUACCUGUCCUUUCUGUAAAAGUAGUUUCCUGCCUUUACUUAACGUUGAAUUUAAAGACCUACGUGGCUCUGCAAGUUUUUUCCUGAAGCAAAGUACCUCAGGAGACAGUUUACAGAGUGGUACCCUUCCACUAACCACCGAUCCUCUGGAGCAGAAAUUGUUGUCCAGUCCAGCUGUUGCUGACUUGAUCAGUUUUUCAGAUCACCCACAGUCCAGCAACACCAUAGCUGAAGAAACUAGCUCUGCAACAGAGCAGAGUGAUGUGGCUGAAGAACAGAGUAAAGAUCCUAGAGCCCUGAAGACAUCUGCCAGUAAUCCACCAAAAAGGGGAGUGUCCUUGACUCGAAGCCACAGUGUUGGGGGUCCACUGCAAAACAUUGAUCUUUCCCAAAGACCUUCUCAUGGCAUCUCAACAGUUAGUCUUCCAAAUAGUUUGCAAGAAGCUGUGGAUCCUUUGAUAAAAAGACCUAAUCCUCUUGCUGUAUCUGUACCCUACCUGAGCCCCUUGGUACUGCGUAAGGAGCUUGAAUCACUGUUGGAAAAUGAAGGAGAGCAAGUUAUUCAUACUCCCAAAUUCAUCAAUCAACACCCCAUAAUUUUCUGGAACCUAGUUUGGUAUUUCCAACGAUUGGAUCUACCUAGCAACUUACCUGGACUCAUUCUAACAUCUGAACACUGUAAUGAUGGAGUGCAGCUUCCUUUGACAUCUCUUGCUCAAGAUAGCAAGCUAGUAUACAUCCAUCUUCUCUGGGACAAUAUCAACCUUCACCAAGAGCCAGGGGAGCCUUUGUAUAUAUCUUGGAGAAAUCUCAAUUCUUCUGAAAAGAGACACUCCACAGUGGCAGAAGAUCAGCAGACAACAAAUGCUUUGUUAGAGAACAUCAAACUAAGUAUUCAACACAAUAACGUCAUUAAACCAAUCAGUCUUCUCCUACAGAAUGUUAAGCCAGAUGUGAAACGGCAAAGGAGUUUUUACAGAGAAAUUCUUUUCCUAUCUCUGGUGUCUCUUGGAAGAGAGAACAUUGACAUUGAGGUCUUUGACAGUGAAUACAGACUUGCACAUAAAAAGCUACCGAAGGAUGUUCUUGAAAAGAUGCAAAAAAUAGAUGCUCCACCAAGCAGCAGAGUUGAGUGUUGUAGAAAGUGCUUUGGAGCACCCUUAAUAUAAAAUGAGAAAGACAUGCACCAAGCUUCAGUGACGCAAAAGUAGAAGUGAAUGAACCAGGAGCGUCGCGAUAUGUACACUUUGAAUCCCAGAAGGUGAUAACCGAGCAAUUUUGUCAAAUCAAUUUAAUUGAGCUACAACAUAUUGUCUUUCAUCUCAUGAAACAUAGUGGUAAAGGACAUGAAAAUGUUUUAAAACUAUAUUAAUAGAGUGAAUUAGUUUCAGUGACUGAUCUGCUUUUUUUCUUUCUUUAUACUCCUCCUUCCUCAAAUCGUGUCCCCACAAUAUGCAGUUAAAAAACGUGAUGACUAAGCAGACAGCUUUUAAUGAAUACUUUCUUAAGGGCCACCAAUAUUACUGUAUUUUGAUGAAACACUUUUCCUGCUACAAGAUACAUAGAUUCUUCACUACUUCAUUAAAAUGACCUUUACUUAAACAGGGAUCUUUUUAUUGGUGUGCAGUAUGUAUUUAUGGAUGUAAAUAUUUGAAUCCUUGAAUUGGAAGUUGCAAUGCACUUGCUUUUGUCAGAUUACAGUACCUAGAAUCACUACCCUUCUCCUGAGCUUGUCCCAACCACUAUUCUAAAUUAUCUUUGGCUGACCUUUUCAUAUUGCAUGUCUAUAGUUGUAAGAAAAGGAAAGAUACAGUCAGUUUUCGCACAUUCUCUAGCUGACAAAUUAAAGGUCCUGUGAACAUACUGCUGCUUUUUCGAAAAAAAAAAAAAAAGGUAGGCUUAUACACCCAGCAACUCAGAAAUGGAUGGCUUUCUAAAAAUUAAAUAGGAAGCUUAAAUAGCAUUAGGAUAUGUACAAGGUUUGCCAAACAGAUACUCACUGAAAAAAAUAUGCUUUAUGCUGUAUGCACGUAUGCUUAAAAAGUGUCUUUUCCUUGAAUUCUUUAUCACUCUCUUCCAUGGUUUCACACUAGCCUGUGGGUUAAUUAUUAUGCACUGAUAGUCCAAAUUCAAUAUUUCAAUUAAUGUGUAUUUAUACAUGUGGUCUUCAAGGUGUGUAUUAGCACAAAUGAAGUGCUUGAGUGUAUGAUCCAAAAAGAUGAGUCCAUCUUUUGGAUUGCUUCUGGUAGAUCAGACACUUCCUCACCUCACAAAUCUGAUCGACUGCAGUAGUUGUAGUCUUGGUGAGAAGAGCUUGGAUGCUGGUCGAGAUUUUCUGUUACUUGAGGAAUAUAAGAUGGUUUAUUUUGCCAAAACGAAAUGACUUUUCUGAUGGAAUUAUUCCUAGAGGGAAAAAAAAAGUAGGACUUGUAGCAUGUUAAAAGAGCAUAGUUAAAACUAUAAUCACAUUUGAGUAUGAAUGUAUUUACUUCAUACUUAUCUCGUAAAAAUUUUCAUUCUUGAAAAUUAUAAGGGAUGAAGAUCUGUCUGGAACAGCUUCUACAUGAAACAACAAAGUCAAAUUUUGUUUUUUCAUGAGGCUAAAACAAAGGAUUUGCAUUAUUUGUGACAAGACGCAUAUGCAUCAUAGACUGAUUCCUUGUAUUUUGUCUAAAAGUGCUGAUCCUAAGUUAAUAUGGGGAUAUUGCCUGGACAGAUUUUCUCCUGAUUAAAAUAUUGUGCUUGUUCAACAAUUAAAAGCAAAGAAAGCAUACACUGACUUAUUUUUCAUUCUUUAUUCUUUUGGUUUAUGCAUCGUUGCUUGCAAAUAUCUGACCUACAUCACAAUGGAAGAAUAGACCUUGAUUCUUUGUACUUUCCUCUCUUCUCCUGUUACAUAAUUGACAUGUGCAAAUCUAUCCCUUUAAUGUAAAGAUCUCUCAGAAGUGUUCGUCCAAACAACUUAAUACUUCCACAAAUCAAAAGUGGCAAUUUUUUCUAUGUAGUUCUGCACUGAUCUUAAACAUAAAGCUGUACAAUUUUUGAGUGCUAAAUAGACAACCCAUCUGCUUACACGAUGCAACUUGCAUCAAGGAAUUCCUUGCAUGCAAGGAAUCAAGUUUUAGUUGUCUUUAAAUUGUCUCAGCUUAUGAAAUUGCGAAGAUCUGUCCAGUUAAUGAUAUUUUACAUAAUUAGUGGCAUCCAAAUUGUUUUUAAAAAACCCUGUAAACUAAUAUUAUUAUCAACUAAAUUCUGUAAGCAGUUCACCUUCAUUUCACAACAGCCUUCUCAUCUGUUGCUGAAACUAGGUUAAUCAGGUGGUAGUGCUGUGGAAACAGCAGAGGAGAUUGUGUCACAGUAUUCAGUGCUAAAUGUUAGACUUUCCCCAGGUGUAUACACAAAACAGAAAAACUCCUAAAGCUUGACGGGGGAAAGGACAUUUGCAGGAUUGAACUUGAUUUGAUUUGCCUCUGCAUAUUGGCAUCUCUGUACACUACAGAUGUCUUCCUAUUUUAUAUACCUGAUUUCAGAGUGGCAGAAGUCCUGCAUGUAAUGACUUUAAAUCUUGCAUCUGCCUAUUGAAAUGAAAUCUUUAAUAUAGAGUAACAAGUGUUUAGGUUUUAAACAGCUGACUGAUCAUUUGGUUCUUGGAUGAAAUCUAUAGUUCAAAUAAAAGGGAGAGCUUCGAGAACAGUUUGUUUAUUACAUUUCCAUCUAAGGAGGUGCUUUUUUUUGAAGGGGGAAAAAAAUUAAUUUCAGUUUUGUGAACUUUUAAGAACAGAAUGGUUUUUUUCCUACUUGCUUUCUCUCCUUUCAAACAUGUGAUAGCACUUCCUCUUCUUCCUCUGAUUUUUAGGUCUCCUGCUCCUCCAAGUAGAGUCUGCAGGUUUUCCUACACAAACUUUCUGAGAUGUAGGCAUCCUUAAUUUGAACGCUGAAAGAGCUGUGAGUGUGCUUAAGAAAAGGGGCAGCCUCUUUCAAAAUCUGGCCAAAAAUGAUCAGGGAAGAGUCUUCAUCAGUGUUUCUUUUAAUGAGCGCACUAAGGGCGUAACUCUGAAAGUUACUAACAGCAAGGAUUUCUUGGGCUACACAGGACAGACAUAGUUAGUUACAAAUGCUUCUAAUUUGUUUGACACUCCCACUCCUAGUAAUCCAAAUUUAUCUGAAUCUGUAAUGCAUGAAUGAACUGGACAAAGCGUUGUGAGUAAGCUUGACCUUGGGCCUGUUUUGUCUCAGUGUAAGCAGGAAAAAAAAAAAAGCAGCAUUUCACUCACUGGCAAAACUCUUGCCUCCAAAUACUCUUUCUGGUAGCUCAACAGACAGUGUUCAGGAGAAGAUGGCUCUUCCUUGUGUAUUUUGUAAUUCUCACAUGUAAACUAGUUGCAGAUCAGUGUUAACAUCAAAACCUGAUGUGUGUGCACAGAAAGAGGUUGUAAACCAAACUGAUGACAUAUGUGGAUGUAAACUGUUAGUGAAUUUCAAGUAAGCCCAAGAACUUAGAAAGUUUGUGUUGGAAUAACAAUUAUCCCAGAGAGCCUUCCUUUCAUUGCUGCCCUAAGGAUGGUGAACUGCAGUCAGUUGUGCUGAGGAGAUGCUGUCUUGCACCUUUCACCCAGCUAUAAAACGGUUACAGAUAGUUUGUGUGCUCAUGUCAAAGUGGCUGGCUUUUUACAAUUAUAACAACAAAUGGGGUCUUAAAGGCUUAAAAUCGGGAUUCUUUAGUGACAAAGGUUUUCUUUAUGAAUUAUGAUAUAUUCUGGCAUAUUACCACGACAUAGCAACUUUCAAAACCCCGUAGGUAUAGAUAGGAGAGUGAUGUGGCUGCAGUAUUGGCACAGUAGUAGGUAUCAGCUUUGACAUGUUACUAGAAGCACCUGGAUGUUACAGUUAUAUCUCGUCUUACAUAACUCCAGUUUCGCCAAUACAAUUUUCAUGGAAAAGAUUUUAUUUAGUAUAUGUGUCUUCAGCUACAUUCGUUUCGCAAGUAAGGUAGUCUUGUCCCUAGUGGAGUUUCACAUUGGUUAAGCUCGUGCUACAUUGCACUUGUAAAUGAGUAAUUUUAUUACAUUGUAACUGUGAAUUGAUGGCUUUUUUUAUUGCUGCAGCUAGAACAAUAUACCUUUCAUUGAAUUUACUGCUUUCUUUGAAUAACUACAACAUAGGGGAUAUUUUCAAAAUAUAUAUUAAAUUAGAUCAUAGAAAUUAUAUUUUUAAAACAAAAUGUUAAAAUGUCUCUUUUAAAGACUCUUAAUCCAAUAAUUAUCUCAGUGCACGUAACUUUAUUUCAUUAAAUGGUAAGCAAGUUGUCUUAUUCACACAACUGUACAUUUUCAGCAAAGGUGGGUUUUGGGUGGGUUGUUCUAUUUUUCUUCUUUCAACUAAUAAAAACCUUAAGGUGCCUUCUGUAAAUUGGCUUUUCACUAUGGACCUUUCUGAAAUUGAAUGGUUGACUCAGACUCCAGUUCUGUAUUCUACUAUGUUGUAUAUUGUGAUAUGUACAAGGAGAGAAAUGGAUGGGUUUUUGUGUUCUUUCAGUCUGCAUCAAUCAAUGGUGCAAAUAAAAGGGAUUGUUUCCUGUUUCUAGAAGCACAUUAAACUCCUUUUCGGAGCUUAAAAUUAUUGUAAUAAGGAUGAAAGGUUGUAGUGUGAAUAAAUUAUGAAUUUAUUGAGUGAGCUGGGAGGUUUUCUUUAGUGCAAUAAAAUUUGCACUAGUUUAGAGACUGUUUUGAACUGUAGAAAAUGGCAUCCAUUUACUGCGCUUGGAUUAACAAGUGUUUCUCUGUAACCUUUUUGUACAUUUGACAAGUUUCCUGACCUUAAAAGGACACUCUGCAUAUUCUAGAUCGAUAUCCUAGACUAAGAAACAAUUUUAAAUGCAUUUCCCCAAAUAAAAUAUGUAUGCAUCCUGUGUAACAA